AUGAUUAGAAGAGAGACGAAAAAGCCCAAGCCGUACGACAAAAUUGAGCCGCGUUCGACGAGCUCGCCGGGCGUGUUUGGUCGUUUGCGGCGCAUGUUUUCGCGGUCGCCGAAACCGUCAAGAAACCCGUCAACCGCAGACUUCUCGAACGUGUCGAACGUUUCGAACGUUUCGAACUUGUCGGUGCUGAGCGAGGCAAACCCAAACAAAACGCUGUCCGAGUUCUUCAAAAGCAAGGGCGACGACCCAUUGAGCGACAUCGAGGUCGAGGGCGUCUUGUCGCUGAUCAACAAGGUCCACCAGCAGAACCAGUCGCAGCUUGAAACGUUCCGCAACUCCCAGCUGAUCGACUCGCAGAUUCUGUCUUCUCCCGCCACCAAGAACUCCGAGUCGAGCUUCUUUAACUCGACCACCGUGCUGAGACCGGCCUCCAAAAGCCCCGUCACAGUGGACGUCCCUACAUACACACCGAAAGUGAGGACCAUCUCUCGUCACGCGCAGCCGUUCCCGGCGAUCAAGAAACGGGUCGUGGAGUUCUCGAGCCUUCCUUCUCCGUACAGACAGCGCAUCCAGUCGCCCGUGAAGCCGCGCGUCGAAAAGAGAGAGCCCAUGAGCAGGACAGCAAAUAAGGUGUUGAGCAUCCUGGAGCAGCCUGAGGACAUAGUGGAGAGUGCGAAGGAAGUUGAGAAGGACAAGGUGAACCAGGCGAAUCGGAAUCUGCCUUCUGUCCAGCCGGUGAGGGCUGCUAUCCCUGUUGCAGAGAAGAAACCGAUUGCAAAGCCAGCUGCGGAGGAGAAACAGAUUGCAAAACCGUCUAUCAAACCUGUCGUCAAGCCAGCACCUGCCCCUGUUCCUGCCGCAGCUCCCGCGGCUAAGUUGCUCCCCCAGCCAGACUCGUCGGAGCCAGAGGUCAUUGAGAUCGACUCGGAGGACGAGUCUGUCGAGGAACCUCCUCAGCCUGCACAGCCAAAACCUAUCCCUCAAGUGAAGCCAGUCGAGACUAUUAAGUCUGUCGAGAAGCCUCCUGUCGCACCACCUGCAAAGCCUGCUCCGGCCGUGUCUCUUUUUAAGCCUACACCAGCCCCGGCUCCAGCUCCUCUCUUCAAGCCUACACCGGCUCCCCAGCCUGAGCCGUCCUCAAAGCCUGCUGAAAAGCCAAAAUUCACCUUCAGACCCGCCGAGGCCGCACCGUUCACCCCCGCCGUGACCAAGCCUGCGCCCCUGCAGCCGUUCAAACAGCUCGAGGUGAUUGAGAAAUUCACAUUCCCAGAGGUCGAGACCCCAGCGUCGCCAGAAACGCCUUUCCUGCCCCUGCCCUACCCAACGGUGAUCGACCAGUUUGUGUUCCCCGACGUCGAGACAGCAGACUCCCAGAUCCUCAACAGCAUUAAUCCAGAAGCUGUCAAACUAUAUAGCUCUGUGUUCACGUUCUGA